CUAGCUCAUCCAAUCUGUAUUCUCGCUGGCCAUUCCCUCUCUCAAAUCUUCUUCUUAUUUAACCCUAAUCUCUCUCUCUCUCUCUCUCUCUCAAUACCCAAACCGUAUCAAGAACCAGGCUCGAAAGCCAUGAUCUUUACAUCAAAAACCCACCUUUCCAAGAAACUGGAACUAUUCCUCCCUGUUCUCAUCUUCUGCUGUUUGUCGGGUCGAGCAGCAUGCCAAUCGUCCAUAUACGAAGCCCUGAAAGCCAACGGGCUGCCCGUGGGCCUGUUCCCCAAGGGGGUGAAGAAUUUCACCCUCGAGAGCUCCGGCAAAUUCCAAGUCUACUUGGACCAGGCUUGCAAUGCCAAAUUCGAAAACGAAAUUCACUACGACAGGAAUGUCUCCGGGAAUCUCACCUUCGGGUUGAUCGGCGGGCUGUCCGGGAUUUCCGCGCAGGAUUUGUUCUUGUGGUUCCCUGUUAAGGAAAUCCGGGUCGGGUUGCCCAGCUCCGGGUUGAUUUACUUCGAUGUUGGCGUGGUUUCCAAGAAGUUCUCUCUGUCUUCCUUUGAGACUCCCAGAGACUGUGUUGCGGUUCAGGUUGCUGAUCUUGAUGAGGAAACUCCCGCAAAGAACAUAAACGGCGAGCUCCAGUACAAGCUUGAACACACUGAUAGUGGCAUUGCUGUAUCUUGAUAGUUCCAAUUUUGCACUGUUUCUUCUUCACUUGUGUUCAAGAAAUUCAAACCAUAGCAGGUCGGCGCGCUGCAUUUGUUUUCUGGUCUUGUGUAUAGUCCAUAGUCUGCAGAGUUGAGAAGAAACCAUAUGCCAGUUCAAGUCUUCAAGAUGGCUAUGGGGGAUGAAUGUGUUGUAUCAUUGCAAGGAGGCAGGGGAGAAUCAUGUAAAGAUACAUCCAUAGAACAACACGCGCGCGAAGGGAUCGGUUGGUAAAUUUCAUUGUGCAGAAAAGGUUUGUUUUUAUUCGUUUUUUUCGUUGUUGGGAAAUUUCGAUUUGCAGAUAAAGGUUUGUUCAUUCAUUCUUUUGUGUUGAAAUAAAAUCAACUUGUAGCAUUGCAAAUUUAGACCAUUUGGUUGAAGCUCUCUAGUGCAUGCAACCACCAUUUUCUUCCACUCAUGUGUUUUUUUAGCUUUGUAAAUUGGAAUAUGCCUUGAUUGUUGUGUGUAUAAGGUUGGAGAGAAAAUUGUGAAAAUAAAACGCAUGAUUUUUA